AUGGGCCCCGGCGGCUUUGGCGGCCCUGGAGGCGGCGGUUAUCGCGGUGGACCCCGAGGUUUCGAUGGCGGACGCGGUCGUGGUGGCCACCGAGGAGGGUUUGGCGGCCGCGGGGGAGGUUUCCGAAGCGGUGGUGGCGAUUUCAGUCGCGGUGGUGACCGCGGCGGAUACGGCGCUCCUAGCGAUGCUCCCUCUGGACCUGGUUUCGAUCGUAGAAAUGGCGGCGGCCAUGGCGACCGUGACCGCGGCGACCGAGGUGACCGAAGGGGUGACCGAGGCCCUGGUGGGUAUGAUUCUCGAGGCGGUGGUCGCUCAUAUGACGACAGACAAGGCGGUGGCCAUCGCGACGGUGGCCGAUACGGCGGAGAACGCGAGAACAGACGCACCGGAAGCAACAAUGAACCCAUCGGUCGACGAGAAGGUGGGUAUCGCGAGAGGGACCGAGACUACGACAGACCUCGUGAUGAUGACGGUGGCCGCAAGCGUGGUUAUGACGGUGGCUACGAAGAUCCCCGAAAGUUGCGACGUUACUGA